UGGCUGGCAGUAGUAGCCAACUCUCAGCCAGCACCAAGUUCUGGUUCAGCACUAAGGGCAAGAGAAUUAAUUGGUGAAGACUCUGUCGGCCUCACGGAACUUCAGCACCCGAGACAGCUCUAGUCUCCUUGGAACACUACUCAGCAAGGGCAGAGAUGGAAACUAGAAGUAAGCCCCAACUCCUCGUGCUCCUGACACUUUUCUGCAUACUCUUCUCGCAGACCCUGGCAUGGCCUCUUUUUGGAGCACCUUCUGCUCUGAGGGACAGACUACCAUUUGAAGAAACAAAUGAACCAGAUGAAAUUUCAUUAAAAGCAGACACUGACGUUUUACAAAAUGCAUUAGCUGAAAAUGACACACCUUAUGAUGUAUCCAGAAAUGUCAGACAUGCUGAUGGAGUUUUCACCAGUGACUUUAGCAGACUCUUGGGUCAACUCUCUGCCAAAAAAUACCUUGAGUCCCUUAUUGGAAAACGAGUUAGCAAUGGCAUCUCAGAAGACCAGGGACCAGCCAAACGCCACUCGGAUGCAGUCUUCACUGACAACUACACCCGCCUUCGCAAACAAAUGGCUGUCAAGAAGUACUUGAACUCCAUUCUAAAUGGGAAGCGGAGCAUUGAAGGAGAAUCUCCUGACUUUCUUGAAGAGUUAGAAAAAUGAUGAAAAAGCUCCUUGGAGCAAAGCUGCUGACAACUACCCAGUGAAUUCUUGAAGGAGAAGGAGAAGCGAAGUGAUUCUAUUUUGAGUUCUACAUACGUAAUUCAAGAAAACAACUUCAAUAUCAAAACCAAAUAAAGUAUAUUGUGUUGUGAAUGUUGUGAUCUAUUUUAUUCUAACGUAAUAACGGUGAUGUUUACAUUGUAAAUAUUAUUCGAGAGUUCUGGAAUUUGUCUUUAACUCAUGAACGUCCUAUAAUUUCAUAUGCUGUGUAUCCUUUCUAACAGAAAUGUAUUUAACGAUGAGUACACACUAAGUUAAUUCCAGUUAUACGAGGUUUUUAGGAAGGGCAUAAAAGAGCAAAAUUGAUGCAUUUAUUUAUAGGGCACACUUAACUAUUCAGGAGAGUGGAGCAGAUAAUC